AUGACUCCAUCCUACCAGGCAGGACAAAGUUCAGUUAAAAUUGUUCAUGAGAGAAUAUUUGCACACAAGUCCUUCUUCUACUCCAGUAAGCGCUGGCCCUCAGGACUGCCCCCUCACGCUGCCACCAGCACCAGAACCGCUGGAGCAGCCCCGCGGAAGGAGCUGAAGGUGGCUCUGGCGAGAACGCAGACCCACCAGCGGGCGCGUCCGAUGUUCAUGCUUGCUCAUCUUUGCUCUCUACUCUGCAUGUGGUUGACGUUUGCUCCUGUGGCUGAUAAGACAGCUGCCUACUUCCACAUUUCCUUGGAGAUGGUCAACUGGCUCUCAAUAGUGUACCUCCUCAUCUCAAUCCCAUUUGGUCUGGUGGCAACAUGGAUUCUUGACACCGUGGGGCUCAGAUGUGCUGUGAUCCUGAGUGCAUGGCUGAACAUGAUGGGUAGCAUCAUCCGGAUGUUCAGCGUCCUGAAGUUCCUGAGCUUGGGUUCCCAGAGUUACUGGUACCUGUAUAUUGGGCAGUGCCUCUGUGCACUGGCACAGCCCCUUAUCAUCUUUUCACCAACAAAAGUGGCAGCCCUAUGGUUCCCUGACCACCAGAGAGCGACAGCAAAUAUGAUUGCAUCAAUGUCGAAUCCUUUGGGUAUUUUUAUAGCGAACAUGCUGUCACCUGCACUAGUUCCUGAAGGAAAGCACAUCCCAUUGAUGCUAGGUGUCUAUGCCAUCCCAGCAGUCACAGCCUGUGUUCUAGCAACUGUGGGGAUUUGUGACAAGGUUCCUCCAACGCCUCCUUCAGCCAGUGCCACUAGCUCCACCUCCCAGCCUUUCUUCACAGGGCUUAAAAUGCUGCUGAGAAACAAGCCGUACAUCAUCCUGGCACUGUCUUUUGGAGGAGGAAUUGCGGUGUUCACUUGCUUUACAGCUCUACUGGAACAGAUCCUUUGUGAAAAGGGGUAUUCAAAUAAAUUUGCUGGCCUGAAUGGUGCACUGUUCACACUGUGUGGUUUGUUGGGUGCUUUCCUGCUAGGCCUAUAUGUUGACCGGACGAGGCAUUUCAUAGAGUCCACCAAGAUUUGUUUCUGUCUGAGUGCCCUAGCUGGCAUCAUGUUCGCUGUGGCUUCCCGGUUCAGACAUCAACCCAUCAUGGUGGCCGUUGCCAGCUCACUCUUUGGUUUCUUCGGUUUUGCCAUCUACCCCAUUUCCAUGGAGCUGGCUGUGGAGUGCUCCUACCCUGUGGGAGAGGGCACAUCUACAGGCCUGAUUUUUGUUGCAAGUCAGAUUGAAGGUGUGAUUUUAAUGAUUCUGCUACAAGCCCUCACCGUGCGUGUUUCUGAGGAUCCAUCCUCCACCUGCACCCUUGACCAGGAUGGAGCCCUGAAUUGGACAACUUCGGCACUGGUGCUGGCUGGCCUCUGCAGUGCUCUGGCUUGUUUCUAUGUCAUCUUCUUCCACACUGACUACAGGCGGCUCCAGGCUGAGGCUAACAGUGGUGAUUUGUUCAAGGCAGAAGAUACAGCAACAGAAGAUGUUCUUGAAGCCUAA